UGCCCCCUUAGCUAAAAUACAUUUCGUAUUUUGGCGACAGUUGCUUAGUAACCCAACAGUCGUCGUAUCUACGCCACAUCCCGGAAGUUGCGCUAAGAAGUUAAACGGAAGUUGGUACGUGGCUGCUGUGACACUCAGAAUGAUGGCGAUGGAAGUACAGAGCUCAGACUCCAACAGUGGCAGCUCCAGCCGGUUAGAGGUCUCAGUUGACGGGCUAACACUCAGCCCCGAUCCUGAGGGAGAGCUGGAGCAAAACGAGAGUCAUGGAGACACGGUUCCAGAGAAGGGAGAAGGAGAGAACCUGUCCGAAGAAAAAGAGGAGGGAGAGACUGCCAAGACCAUGGAAAGGAAAUGGGGCUUUUCUCUUCAGGAGCUGUAUGGCCUGGCUCUUAAAUUCUUUAAAGAGAAAGAUGGUAAAGCCUUCCAUCCCACAUAUGAAGAAAAACUAAGGCUUGUGGCCCUCCCCAAACAAGUCUUACUUGGUCCUUAUAAUCCAGAUGUCUGUCCAGAGGUUGGGUUUUUUGAUGUACUUGGAAAUGACAGAAGGAAAGAAUGGGCAUCUUUGGGAAAUAUGUUGAAAGAAGAUGCCAUGGUGGAAUUUGUGACAUUGUUAAAUAAAUGUUGCAAUUUAUUUGCACCAUAUGUUACCUCUCAUAAAAUAGAAAAGGAAGAACAGGAAAGGAAAAGACAGGAGGAAGAGAAGCGUCGUCGGCUUGAGGAAGAGGAGCGGGAGCGAGUGAGGCAGGAGGAGGAGAAGCGACAACAAGAGGAGGAGGAGACGAGGAUGAGGGAGGAAGAGGAGAGGAGGCAGAUCGAGGAAGAGGGGCUGCGCAUGGAGCAGCAGAAGCAGCAGAUCAUGGCAGCGUUGAAUGCUCAGACAGCAGUGCAGUUCCAGCAGUAUGCAGCACAGCAGUACCCAGGAAACUCUGAACAGCAGCAGAUCCUGAUCCGACAGCUCCAGGAGCAGCACUACCAGCAGUACAUGCAGCAGCUCUACCAGGUUCAGCUGGCACAGCAGCAGGCAGCCCUACAGAAGCAACAGGAAGCUGCAAUAGUGGCCUCAGCAGUGGCAGCAAAGGUCCAUGCAGUUUAUCCAGGAGAGAGCCCGACUGUGAAUGGACAGGCCAAUUCUCAUACAGAAAGCUUUGAGAAAGAGCCUGAACCAGAGUCGGGAGAGGAAGUGUCAGAAAAUGGACCAAAAGAUGCAUCCCCUGUUAUAGCUGCUCCCUCCAUGUGGACCAGGCCGCAAAUUAAAGACUUCAAGGAGAAGAUCCGACAGGACGCAGACUCGGUGAUCACAGUGGGUCGAGGGGAAGUGGUGACAGUCCGUGUUCCUACACAUGAAGAGGGGUCCUAUCUGUUUUGGGAAUUUGCCACAGAUCAUUAUGACAUUGGCUUUGGAGUUUAUUUUGAAUGGACAGAUUCUCCAAACACAACAGUUAGUGUUCAUGUCAGCGAGUCAAGUGAGGAGGAGGAAGAAAACCCAAGCGAAGAAGAAAAACCUAAAAAGAAUGCCAACAAGCCUCAAGUGGAUGAGAUUGUGCCGGUGUACAGGCGAGACUGCCACGAGGAGGUAUACGCAGGCAGCCACCAGUACCCAGGGAGAGGGGUUUACCUUCUAAAAUUUGACAACUCAUACUCAUUGUGGAGGUCAAAAACAGUGUACUACAGAGUUUAUUAUACCAGAUAAAAGCAAGUCACAAAACACUGGGGUUGUGCAGGAUGGACCAUAGUGUGGGUUAGUAGUUGACUUAUUGUGAAUUCUAACAUCUGUCCUCUCGGUAUGGAAAUCUCUGAAUCAAAGUUGGUGCAUAUGGAACCUGUAAAGUUCUCAUAUUGUGUUAGCCCUGCUCAGAAAACUAACAUCAGACUUAGCCUUAGUUGGAUACAGAAGAUAUGACUAUAUCAACCUGUAUUUACAUAAGGUCUAGAUCCAGAAGCAUUUAGUUUCAGCAUCUCGCAAAUAUUUGGUAUAAUGGUAAUAAAACUUGUCCUGCUCAAUAAAAAUGGGCUAUUAACUAGUUGUGUAUAAGGCUUCAUUAUUUUUGAUAACUUUGUGUUUCUGUUCUCUCUUGACACAUUUCAGAAUGUCAUUUUUACAUCUUUACCUAAAUAGAUCUGAAGUGUUGAUGUAUCAUAUCUGGAAGUCUAGGGCUGUGCAGUAAUUCAUACUCUACCCCUUGCCCUCCAGCCUUUUAAUCUAAUGGGUUAAUACUUCUCCCCUUCACAUACUCUUGUGGAUGAUCCAUUAAAUAUUAACUUUUGACAUAUUACUCUAACAUUCAUUGGGGGAUGCAAAUAAAUUUGUCACAUUUUGUUUCUUCGUAUUUACAAAAACCUUCAGACCUGAGCGCAAAUACAAAUUUGAUGCAUUUAGUCAAAAUGGUAUGUUGUGUUGUGGUACAUGAGAUUGCCUUGCUAAAUGUGAGAUGAUGAAUAAUUGGAUAAACCAGGCACCAUUGUGUAACUAGAAUUCUGGGGUAUUAAAGAAAGUGGGUGUCGGGUGUCGGGUGUCCGGUGUCGGGGGGAGUGGGGGGGGGGGGGGGAGAGUGGUGAAUGAUGUAGCAAUCAUCAGGAGAUGUCAGAUGACCAGAAAAGUACCAAUAGUAGGGUAGUAUGCAAAGUAAGAUGCCAGUAUAGAUCAAUUAAGCGUUUUCUAGAUGUAGUCAAACAUAAAGCCAUUUUCAGACUCAGCUACUUAUAACUGUAAAAGAAGUUAAAUGGCUUGGUCCCAAAAAAAGUACUGGUACUGUAUAAUGUGUUGCUGUUUAUGAUAAGCAGAUCAUGUUUUUUAAAUCCAGGAUGUUCUGUUUUGAAUGACUAUUGCACUUACAGGAUCUGAUAUAUUUCGGUUUAAUACUAGUUUCUGCAUUAAUGCUUUUAAUUGAUUGCACUAACGAAAUAUAUGAAUGCGUUUUAUUGUAUUAAACAAUUAUACACAGCCUACAUUCUUGAUGAAUAAUUUCUUACUAGUUGUUUCCUGAAUAUUUGUGAAUAUUUGUCUAUAAAGCUCUGCUUUCUAGCCGUGUUUUUGGUUACCACAGAUUGAGGUUUAUUUAUGCAUGUCUGUCGUAGUAUUGUAAUGCAUCUGCCUGGUCGUUGGAGAACAUUUUGCUACAGACUGCAGGUAGUUGGGAAGUGUACUCAUGUCAUUUGGGAAAAAUUGCUAGAAUAUAGAUUUCAUUUGCCCUAGAAUGAAAUGCAUGACUGUAGCCUGAAAUUGGGGUAUUGUAAAUUAUUCCACCCUUGCUUUUUCACUAUAAUAAUAAUAAUAAUAAUAAUAAUAAAUAAUAAAUAAUAAUAAUAAAUAAUAAUAAUAAUAAAAUGGUGAUUUAAGCACAAAAAAACUACUGGAGUACAAUGCCAGUGUAAAAACAUGUUUUGGGGGUGUUAAAGUAUUUCAAACAGUAAAAGUAAAGUGUAUCAGGUUAGACAUUUUGUUAGCUAAUUGUUGGAAAAACUGGUUCCAGGUGACCUUUUAAAUCUGCAGUGUUUGUAACCAGGAAAGGUCAUUGGAGAUACCAGACUGACAGAAUGUAUCUGUAAACAAAGCUGUAAACCAGUGUUUCUGGCCAGAUUUUCCCCUGGAAAAUAAAAACACUCUUACCCUGAAAUCUGUGGUGCUUGUGUGUGUCAAUACAUUAUGCAAAACAAAAUAAGUAUAAUCUGCAAGAUUAGAAUGCAAUUCUUUGCUUGAAGCAAAUACUGUUAAUGGAACCCAAAUAUUUGUUUUGUUUCUGUGAAAAUUCCAUUAACACAAAUUGAAAUGCAUCCAGUUUCUGAUCUUGAGUUAAUUGCUGAUUUGAAUUCAUGAAUAGUCGAUAGAAUGGAACAUUUGUGCCCUAUUUUUUCAUUCAUAGGUGGACAUGCAGAUGCACUGUAAGGGCUAGCUUGAUUUGCAUGCUUUGUUUAUGAAAAUGCCUCGACUGUUCUGCACACCCUGAAUAGAACUUUUUUAUUUUGCACAUAGUGCAUUAAUAUAAUUAAUAAAAAAUCAUUAUAUUACAAUAAUUUUAAAAAGAACGUUUUGGAAUAGGAUUUACUGUUGCAGUACACUAUAGUAAUCACUGCUAGGAAUAAGAUUGUGUCCUUUUGAAAUUGUACUUUUGUAGUGGUGUGAACCUUCUAUGAAAUACAUUCCACAGAAAAUGGAGAUUAAUGGCUUUCGGGGUGUUUUCAUUUCCUCAUGCAAAUAUGUGUGCUUCUGUUGUAUUCAGAUAAUUUAAAAGCAUUCAUCUUUUCAGUUCACUGAAAAUGAGUAAUUAAAAUGUGACCAUUAUUUGCACGUUUGACUUUUAUCAUGUUUAAAAGGUCAGGUCAUCAGCCAUCAUCCAUAUAUCUCUUAUUGUUAGUAAAUCCGAAAUACUAACAUUUAAAUCACCAUGUAAGCAAGCUAUGAGAGUCUACGUGUUUCUAUGGGUGUAUCUAUACCCAAUGACCCAAUUGUUUUUGUCUGCAUAUAGUAAGUAUAUAAGCCUGCACAAUUGAUUAUAAUUAGGGCUUCUGAUUUUCGGUUUUAACCGAUAAAACCCGAUGCCAAAAAAAUGUAAUCGGUGGAUAGCCAAUAAACACCGGAAAACACUGUUAAUCUAUUCACGUUUCCCAUUAAAAAAAAAGAAUAAAACCUACUACAAAAAUAAUUAAUACAUUUCCCAGUGCUGUUGGGCAAUGUCCCGCCUUCCUGACUUGUAUCAUUGAUUUGUUCUGAAUACUUCAAACCCGCCCCAACUACUGAGUGACAGCACAUUCCUACAUUUCUAUUGGAGACUCCGCUUGCGAGAUUUAAAACAAGAUUACAAUCACGAUGGAGGCUUGUUCGCGGGAUUUAAAGCUGUAUUACAGUUAAGACACAGAGGAUUUACAGUGCUGUGAAAAAGUAUUUGCCCCCUGUCUGAUUUUCUGCAUUUCUGCACAUUUUUCACAUUGUAUUUGGUCAGAUUUUUUUGUGGGUUGUAGUAGUAUAUAGAGGGAGUCUGAGAGAUAAAAUGAUACCAAAGUUUGGUGCUGCUUUCAUUUGUUUGCUGUGCAAGGUAAUCAAACCUGCAAUCUUCAGGUGUGAAAAAGUUAUUGCCCCCCACCCCCCUAGUUAACUCAACCCAAUUAAAGGGAUAAUUAGGGUUAGCUGUUUGACUACUUUGGUUAACAACCAGGCCUGAUUUGGGCCAGCCCUGCCCAAUAUAAAUUUGACUAACUUUGGCCCUUACCAUCAGAGUGAAGUUGUCAGCACACAGGUUCUAGAGGCACAUCAUGCCACGAACAAAAGAAAUUCCUGAAGACCUCCGGAAAAAAGUUGUUGAAUCCUAUCAGUCUGGAAAGGGUUACAAAGUCAUUUCUAAGGCUCUGGGGCUCCACCGAACCACAGUCAGAGCCAUAUUGUCCAAAUGGAGAAAGUUUAGGACAGUAGUGAAUCUUCCCAGGAGUGGCCGUCCUGCCAAAAGCUCUCCAAGAGCAAGGCGUAAAAUCGUCCAGGAAGUCACAAAGAACCCUAGAACAACAUCCAGGGAUCUGCAGGCUUCUCUCGCCUCGGCUAAGGUCAGUGUUCAUGACUCCACCAUCAGAAAGAUACUGGGCAAAAAUGGGAUUCAUGGCAGAGUAGCAAGGCGGAAACCAUUGCUCACUAAGAAGAACAUGAAUGCUCGUCUCAAGUUUGCCAAAAAGCACCUGGAACAAUAUUGUAUGGACAGAUGAGUCAAAAGUGGAACUUUUUGGCCGACAUGGGCCCCGUUAUGUCUGUCAAACCAAACACUGCAUUCCACAGUAAGAACCUCAUACCAACGGUCAAGCAUGGUGGUGUUAGUGUCAUGGUUUGGGGAUGCUUUGCUCCAUCAGGACCUGGACGCCUUGCCAUCAUUGAAGGAUCCAUGAAUUCUGCUCUGUUUCGGAGAAUACUACAGGAGAAUGUCAGGCCAUCCGUCCGUGAGCUGAAGCUGAAGUGCAGCUGGGUCAUGCGGCAUGACAAUGAUCUGAAACACACAAGUCUACAUCAGAAUGGUUGAAGAACAAGAAAUGUAAUGUUUUGGAAUGGCCUAGUCAAAGUCCAGACCUAAACCCCAUUGAGAUGUUGUGGCAGGACCUGAAACGAGCAGUUCAUGCUCGAAAACCCAGACUAAUGAGAGAGACUAAUCAAUAACUACAGGAAGCGUUUGGUUGCAGUUAUUGUUGCUAAAGGUGGCGUAACCCGUUAUUGAGUCUAAGGGGGCGAUUACUUUUUCACACGGGGGCACUGGGUGUUGCAUAACGUUCUUUAAUAAAUAAAUGAAAUAUGUAUCAAAUGUUUGUGUCACUCAGGGUCCCUUUUAUCUAAUACUAAGUUUUGGUUGAAGAUCUGAUAACAUUCAGUGUCAAAAAUAUGCAAAAAUGUAGAAAAUCAGACUGGGCAAAUACUUUUUCACGGCACUGUAAAAAAGAAUUGUGGCGAAAUGUACAAAAAUGCCUACACACAAAAACCCCAGAAGAAUGUGCCCGUGACCAUAGGGAUUUCAAAGACAGCAAAGAAAAGAAGGUACAACUUAAGUGUGCAAGUACUGUCGAGUUACUAUACAUAUUUUGACAACACUCAAGCAUUUUGGAAAGUAACCGAAAAAACUAAUUUCAUACACUAUAUCAAAAACGAAAGCCCUGAAAAAAUAAACGAUUUACAUAAAAUCCGAUAAACAGAAGCCCCAUAUUUCGAACAUUGGCUAAAAAAAAAAAAAAAAUCAACUGACUUUAUUAUGCGCUUAAAGUGUAAACAGUGCCCUCCUAUCUCCAGUUGUCUUUGUAGUACACUUAAUUACUGCAUUUUGUUAACUAGUAAAUAUUUUGUUCAUAACUUAAUACAGUCCUGUUUGCUGCUGCUUGUACUGUUUAGUUUAGCAUAGGUUGGUCAUAAUGGUUUUUUGUUCUUUUGAUAUCCAAUCUGUAUAUAACACUUUUCUUUCCUAUUUGCAGAGAAUUUUCUAAUUUAGAAUAUUUUAUUUUUUUCAGUGGUUAAGUAAUUGAGUCGAUUAACAUUAUCACUGCAUUUUGUGUUAUUGUGCUCAUUAACAUGCAUUACCCUCCAACAAGUAGUGGGCUGUGCCCAGUUCUGUAUGUCAUUAGUGUACUUCCCCGUCUCUAUGUGACACAUUAUCAUUUAGUCCAUAAAAAAUAAAUACCAAAAACUCACCAGGUAAGUGAAAUGAAAGUUUUUUUUUACCAGAAGUUUCUUUAGUUUUUAAUCUGGUGUUAUGAUUGCUUUAAGUUAUGAACCAAUAGACCUUUUAUAUUAUUAUUAUUAUUAUUAUUAUUAUUAUUAUUAUUAUUAUUAUUAUUAUUAUUAUUAUUAUUAUUUAAAGAAACAUUUUGACAAUAAAUUACUUGUGUUUAUCUUUUAUGAACCUCUCUUUUGUAGUCUGAUUCUUUAUACAGUGUGUUAAGACUAUUCAUUGCCCGCUAGAGAAAUUUGAUGUUUUUCUUGACUCCUGAAAUAAAUGACGAUGUGAAAUAAUCUGCUACAUAUCUGAAGCAUUACUAUUGCUAAACAUGAUUAAAAAAACAAACAAACACUAUUAAA